CAGCGGGCCUAUGACUGCACCCACACACCAGGACAUUAGACUUUCAGUUUUUGUUCGAAAGACUCCAUCCUGAUUAUUCUUCCCAUUGUCGUCUUUUCUUCGUACAAGUCUGUUCUAUUUUCUAUUCCUUCAUCUAUGAAGAUACAGAGAAAGAAACACGGUGACCUCGAACACUGCCAUCGUCAAACUCGAAAAUUCCCUCGAACCUAUCCGCUCUCGAUCAUGCCUUUGUCUCUGCUCGAUCAUUCUGUGAGAAUCUUUGUAUCGAGUGAGGCUUUAUUUGUUUUGGGAUCGUCGACGUCGUAUAUAUCGCGCUUGCCUUGUUCCUUGACUCCAUGCCUACGAGACUACGUCUACAAAUACGACGACUGCGGACGCGGAUGCGAAAUACAUACACCACAGAUCGAUACUACGAGACAUACGACUACAAGCCCUUUCCACCACGAGUACAAAAGUGUCAUCGCCUCCGUCGAACUGGGUGCUCCAGGCCAGGUCUGCAUAGGAGGCAUACCUUUUCACCAUCCUCGAAUACCAGCGACACGGAUCCCGAAGACUUGUACUGGAUUCAAUCCCCCAGAAACAGGGCGAGAACGUUCACUUCGCACAGCGGAAGACCUGACUUUGUAACCGUGGGCAUGGAUCGACCCCGGUCAUGGAACUUCUGGCGCUCUAUCCUCGGACUGGAGUACUUCGACGCCUUCCUACGAAGGAAAAGGGAAACACGAACACGCCACGAACAAGAAUGUCCAAUACCAAGACCAAGACCAAGACCAAGAGCCCCUCGGGAUCAAUACUCAUAUACUCGAAAACGACACUCAUAUACUAGAACCGCUGACCUACGGUACUGUGAUGAGCCGAUAUGGGGCGGUCCCAGCAUACAUCCGCCACGACGUGCGCCAUCACCUCCACGAUCACCUCGUCGACGCUCAAACUCUCUUCGCCGACGAGGCCCGCGGUCUAUAUCACCCGAGCCACAUGUCCGUCGUCAUUUGUAUGGCCGUCCCAGACGAGACGUACGCAGACCGCCACCGCCAGAGCCGGAGCCAACACGUUCUAUUCCAAGACCUCGACCUACACGACCCUCCAGCCCGAUCACAGAACGAGAACCACCCAGGCCGGGACGCUAUACAUCCCCACAUCCACCCGUCACGAUAAUCCAACCCUCACCCAGAGUAGUCUCUCCCCAAGGAACACGGGGAAAUACACCCUCUCACCCUACCACCCGCCGUCCACACGAUGCAGAGACCACAACGCAUAAUUCCUUCCGCGAACGCAUGAAUCGGAAACGCGUUCAUUCUCCGGGAUUGACAAGUCUGCCUCGAUCAAGGAAAGUCCGCUUUCGUGAGGGUCACGAGGAAAUCGCUGGCCCCGUUUACUUCAAUUCUGACUCUGACUCUAGCUCUGAUUCUGAUUCUGAUUCUGGGGGUCAUCCGGGUCCAUCCCAAGUGAAUACUCGGUCUAGGCCGAGGUCGAGGUCGGGGUAUGGGCAGGUGGUGGUCACUCAGGUUGUUGAGCGAAGACCUAGGGACAGUCGGGGUGGUGGUGAGACUGCGGAUUUGCGGCGUGGGUCAUUGCAAGAGCGGGUGGGGAGUGGAGGUGUGUGCUAUGUGGUUCGGGAGCCGAAGAAUCCAGAGAGGAGGCGGGAUUAUAGGCGUCAUAAUUGAUGAUUUGGUGACUAACAUUCGUUUUGUGUUUGUUUCCUUUGUUGAGAUCCGUCUUUUGAAGGGGUUUAUGGCUGCCCGGGUCAUUCGGCGUUUGGAUAGAUGGACUAGAAGGUUAGGCGUUGAUAUACAUUGUCUUGUUUGGGUAUUUGGACUUUCAUGAUCAUGAUGUCAAUUA